AUGGUUGAUGUUAUCAAUUACUGCGAUGGGUAUAUAGAGUUUGACAAAGAUUGGAAAACGUUUACCAAAGACAAAGUCACGGAACCAAACUGUCAAUCCAGAAAUCCAAGAGACUGCUCAUAUCUGUCUGGACAACCGAGUGGUAUUUAUACAAUUUAUCCUAGAGGAUCAUGUGGAAUGUCGGUAUAUUGUGAGAUGAAUUCUUCUCUAACGAAUAGUCCAUUAACAGUCUUCCAACGAAGAGAAGAUGGCAGUGUUAAUUUCUAUAGAAACUGGGAGGCAUACAAGAAAGGUUUUGGAAAUCCUCUUGGGGAGUUCUGGCUAGGAAAUGAUAAUCUUCAUUAUUUGUCAACACAAGGAACUUACCGUCUUAUUGUUAUACUAGAAGACUGGGAAAACGAUACAAGAAAGGCUAUAUAUGAUUCCUUCAGAGUAGGUGACGAAGAUUCAUUCUACUUUAUGACUGUACAAGGGUAUAGCGGAGAUGCAGGUACCAUGUGA